UAUUCCUCUGGGUGGCAGAGUGGUCGUACUAUUCGACUCAAUUUCCUUUUCGUAACAAAUGCAAUUACGAAAAUAAGGAGAGGACAAACUAAAUGUAAUGGGUGAUUGCAACGCGCAUGUACUGUUUUUAGUGGGGCGGCAGCCACGCACGCAAACCAGGCGUAACUUGGCGCAAUCCUCGCUGGCAAAAUCGAUCCGGAGCUUCCAGUCUCGCUCCUUUCGUUUAGUUUAGCGCGUAGUAUCCUAAAAAUCGUCAGAAUUCAUCGCCGCGCGUCCCUUAAAUUUUGCUGAGGAGAAAGGAGUCAGUGGCAAAGGAAUAUAAUGGCGAAACAUUUGGGACUUAUGGCCACAAUGGCUUGUAUGAAAACUCUACUCAUGCUCAUCAACUGUAUUUUAUGGGUGGUCGGAAUAUUGAUGCUGUGCACCGGCAUAUGGUUGCGAAUAGAAUUAGGUGACUACGUCGACAUCAACACGGACUCAAGCAGGGCUGCCUUUUUGGCACUGGCAUGUUUGGGAGCAUUAUUAACACUGAUAGCCACGUUCGCCUGUUGCUGCACCACCAGAGGCCAUCCUGCUCUGCUCUAUGUGUAUGGCGCGUUUUUAGCGGUGAUAGUGAUAUUAGAACUGGGAGCCGGUGCAUCAAUUUACGCUUAUCGUACUGAUUUGGAUAAACAGUUUGAUCAAGAUUUGAACGAGACCAUGGCAGUUUAUGGCCAGAAUACCAAGAAAAGUAAUUAUAUCGACUUCAUACAAUCCACUCUAUUCUGCUGCGGUAACAGAGGCUACAACGACUGGUUGAACAUGUAUCCAUCUAAAGACAUGCCCAAUUCCUGUUGCAAGAAUUACGUACUUCUCGAGGGUGAAUCGCAAGUCGAACAGAGUCCACCACCUUGUGACGUUAGCGACGUUGACCAGAUUUACACUCAGGGUUGCUACACUCGAGUUUUAGGCAUCAUAAACGGUAACAUAGGGAUGGUGGCUAGUCUAGCUAUCGGCGUUACCUUCUUUCCGUUCGUCGGCAUCUUUCUCGCCUGUUGCCUGGCCAGCAACAUCAAUAAGAUGAAAUAUGAGCAGGUCGCUUAGAAUGGCCCACGGCGAACCCCAUAAAAGACCUGAAGAAGAUCGAACGGGAAUCUCCAGUAUCACUUAUUUUAUUUCAUGUUCAAAUACAUUUUCAAUAUAAUAUCGUUUGAUGUUAUUAACAGAGACAAACUUAAGGACGAAGUCAAUUAUCAUUAAUUAUUACGUAAUAAUAUGAAUGAACAAACUUUUUUCUUAUACUUUACAAUUUAUAUGAUUACAAUUUACAGAACAUUUCAACAAUUACCAUUAAUUUUCAAUGGUAUUAAUUUCGAUUGCAAGAAAUAUAUAUAUGUAGUUUUCGUAUUAAAAAUUAUAAUGAGAGGCGAAUCGAUUUGUUUGAUUUCACAGAAGCGCACAACAAAAAGUGUACGACGUGCUCUAAUUAAAAAUAUGCCGAUAGUCAUAUAGAAGUAUAGAUUGCGUUUCAAACGCAUUUUUAUAUAAUAUCUACAAGAAUCACCGAAAGUUAAAAUGAUGAUAAAAAAUUGUAUUUCGACUAUUGAACGAGUUCGUAUUUUCUUCAUUCGUUAUAACGAUAUUCGCACAUUAUGCAUAGUACAAUCGCAAUUACGGUUAAUGAAGUAUUAAAAUCUUAGCUUGCGAAUUAUUAUAACAACAUGUCUCGUCGUGUGUGGCUAAUUUUCAAAAUCUUGUUCAUUUUAUAUCAAUUAUCAAAAUGAACCGUGAACGUUUAUGCGAUGGUCCAUUCAAUGGAAAACAAUAGUUACGAUUUACAGUAGACGUAGUACUAAUUGGCACUUGGAUCAGAUCAAUUUAAUGAAGACUAUAAAUUGA